AAACAGGUCAACAGAGCGGCAACAACAACUUAUGCGCCAGCAAAAAUGACGUCUAGCCCUGAAAAACCCGUAGACCUGUGCAAACUGUCGGCUGCCAAUGCCUCCAAAAUGUCCCACUUGUCUCGGGACAAGUUCUACUAUGCCCUGAAGACCGGCGACCUUCGAGCGGUGAAACUGCUGGUGAAAUUCGGGGAGAGUGUGGACGCCAAACUCGACAUGAAGUUCAAGAAUGUUCUAGAGGAGGAGCAGUUGACAUUUGAAGAGUACAUAGAAAGAGCAGUGGAACGAGGUUUCUACUCUGUCACCUCUGCCCGAGAGAUCACCACACCCCUGCAGCUGGCCGCAACAAACGGGCACAGCGACAUCGUGGAGUAUCUACUGGAACAGGGCGCAGAGGUUGACUUUGCACCGAAAGAAUGGACGACCCCCCUUUCCUCUGCAUGUGAGAACGGACAUGCUCAGUGUGCCAAGCUGUUGGUAGAGUAUGGAGCUGAUGUAGAGUACUACAACAAGAGUGGACUGUAUCCCUUACACCUGUGCAAGAAGGGGGACUACCUGGGAUGUGCCCGUGCACUGCUGGAGCAUGGAGCCAAUCCAAAUGCUCGUACAGAGAACAAAGACAACAGUACCGCCCUUCACAUAGCAGCUGAGCUGGGAUACGCUGAUCUGGUGGAGCUGUUGUGCCGUCACGGUGCAGACCCAAACCUGAAGGAUGUGGAGAAGGAGACCCCCAUGACGGUCGCGUGCUAUUUUACGACAGGCGAGAGGAAGUAUUACGACACGGUGGCAAACUUGAUCAAGGGAGGUGCAGAUCUACAGGAGACAGACAAUGAUCACCUGACGCCGUUACACACCAUCUGUCGCAGGGGCGAUCACAACAUUGUCCGACUCCUGAUCGAGAGCGGAUCACAGCUCAACUCCAGAGACUGGUACGGUAAGACACCGAUCUGCCACGCGCUGGAGUCCACCAUGUACAGGAGAGAAGCUGGGAGACCAGAAGUGUGUGUACAGCUCCUUCUGAACAAUGGUGCCUGGCCGGUCAAUCCAAAGACUCUCUUCAAGGUGUUUGAGCUGUGUGGGAGAGCUGUCCCCAGUAUUGAGGUCCUCCUGAACUGUUACAGCACCCUGGAAUCAGACAGUAAGUGGAAGAAGGUGCUCCCAAGGGAUGUGUUUGAGGAAAACCAAAGUUUUUACGAAGCCGUGUUCAGGUUGGGAAAGACCCCUCCUACUCUACAACAUGCCUGCAGGAGUGCGGUCCGUACGCUUCUAGGGGCGCGAUGUGAGAAGGUUAUCACGGAGCUUUCUGUGGCACCUAGGCUAAAAAGAUACCUGUUGUUAGAGCCUGGUGAGGGAGGUCUUCACUAACUGUCCAUCACAACAUCAAGGAUGAUGUUAAAUAAUGUUGUAACGAUUCUCGAAUGAUGUAAAAAAUUUUCAGGUAGUCAUUACGCAUUGUCCCAAAUCUGCUUAUUCAAUAAAACAUCUGCAAUUCAUUUCUGUGCAUCCAGUCACCUAUGUAAAUCUGCUAGAAAUGUUGUCUUAAGGUGGCUGAAAUUGCUUUGCCUACUUGACAUUGAAGUAGAAUGAUAUCUUCCAUGUCCUACUGCUACUGUAACCAUUACAUGAUAAGAAAAAGAAUAUGAUGCUGAACAUAUGUACAAAUAGUUCUCUCCAUUUGCAGUUGCUUACUGCAAUGGAUAGUGGGUCAUAAGCUGAUAAAUAUAAGAAAAAAUGUCACUAAUUCAUUAAUAUUUUUAGACAAAAUCAUCAGUAUAUCCUAUCUAACCACCACAGAAUUAGGGAUGUGUCAUGAGCUCAGUGUGUGAACUGUGGUUCUUGAAGAUCAGGUAUGUAUAGUUGAUUGUUAAAAAACAACUUUUUCACAACAUACAAUUUCAAUCCUGUGUAUGAAAUUUAUUCAGCACCAAGGACAGACCCCACACUGUAAAUAACAAGUCUAUUUCUAUUCUAGGAAAUGUCUAAAUAUUGAGAAAUAUAUUUUGAUUCAUAGUGAGGUAUAUUGGUCAAAUUUUGCAUGUACAUUGUAUUAUAAGUAAUGGGAAGCAAGAAUGUAGACAUUAAAAAGAA